AUGGGUUCAAGAAGCUGUGACAACCACUUGGUUGAGUACACCUCUGGGCGGUUCUUGUGUGCCCUGCGCUUACAUCCCCUUCGUAGAAUCAAGGUUGAAGCCCUCGCACAAGCUGUAUGCCAUCCCGCUAGACGAACCGUGUCCGAUCUUCCUUCAAUCACAAAGUUCGCCGAAGGGGGCUUCAAUCGCGUCCUCCAGGCUACUUUCGCCGAUGGGUACACUAUUCUCGCCAGGAUACCUUACAAUAGCACGGUUCCAGAAGGCGUCGCGGUCCCCAUCGAGGCUGCAACUCUCGGCCUUCUGCGGCCCUGUCACAUCCCGGUCCCAAGAGUGCUGGGUUAUUCACAGGAUCACAAGAAUGCUGUGGGAACAGCAUACUUGCUACUAGAAAAGCUUGAAGGAAUUCCUCUGAGUGACCAAUGGUUCGGUAUGGACAACAAAAACCGGGUCAAAAUCAUGAAUGGGAGUUUUUAUUAUCGCAAGGACCUAGACUUAUCGCAACAUGCUAUCCCAAUCUCUGGACAACCAGUCGUGCCUUCAUCAGAUCAAAUUGUCAUUGACCCCACUGCACAGCAUCAGUGGUGGUACAAGGAGAGGGCAUUAUUAGACAUCGAUCGAGGUCCAUGGGAUAGCUUUUCAGCGUGUUUUGAAGUACCUGCACAACAUGAAGCAAAGUUUUGCAGGCAAUCUGGCAAACCCCGCCUUCACGUUGAGCGUUAUUUACGAGAAUUGCAUAAUUUUCAACUACCAAAACCGGAAAACCACAUCCGCCUCCUAGCGCAAUACCUAAAGCUUGCGCCCUACUUGGUAUUACCGUCCAGUCAUCGCUUGUCUCGGCCUGUUCUGCGCCACCCUGAUCUCACAUUAAACAAUAUUCUCCUGGAUUCUUCGAACAAUAUUAUUGGCAAUAUCGAUUGGCAGCACGCUGCACUCAAUCAGAGUGAGCAAGAAUCGAUUCGCGAGACAAGGCGAACACGUAUCGUCCAUUUCUACUAUGCUGCACUGACUUUGAGACAAAUGCCGGAUCAUUCUAACAUUUUCAAUCGUGCCGGCGCACCGUGGGAAGGGGACCCCCUGUCGCUAGAGUAUGUCAUCCACAAGGUAUAUAAGCAUUGGCCUAUGUCUUUGGUUGAUGAGGAUGCUACAUCAUCUGUCACACCGAGGGGUUGCCCAAUUGGAUUCACGGAAGACGAAAUUCAGAGGUGUGAAUAUGAUCACGGCAAAGAGGAGGGAAAGAUUCAGGAGCUUCGUGAGAUGAGGGACUUGAUAGGAACAGACUCGCUUGGAUGCAUACCUCAUGAGCAGUCCGAGAGGUCGCUGGAGGUCCUCAAUGCAAUCAAAGCAGGAUUGAUGGAAGAAUGCAACACAGAGACGGAAAGAUUGGCUUUGCACCGUUAUUUUCCUUUCGAGGACCACGAGGAGGAUGAAUGA